AUGGCCCGAGUUAAAGCCCUCUUCUUCCUAGCCGUCCUCCUCUGCUCUACUUUAGUCUAUGCAGCCAGACCAGAACCAGCUUUUUCUGCAAAAACCCAAAUUGAGGGUGUUGAAACAGAGGUUGAUGAGAGCUGUGAAGGAGCUGGGGAGGACGAGUGCUUAAUGAGAAGGACUCUGGCAGCUCAUGUGGAUUACAUCUAUACACAGAAGCAUAAUCCUUGA